AACAAGAAUACAAUUUGAUUUGGAGAGGCGUCGAGUGGAAAAACAUUUCUGAAAAAAUUCAACAUCUUAUAAACAAAAUGAUUAUUUGCGGAAAUAUUUAUUUGGAUGAAAUAAAAAAGACAUUUAUUUUGAAAUGUGUUAUCUGCGAAAAGAAGUCCAAAGCAUACACCGAAUUUACAAAGCAUAUAAAGAAGAAGCACAAAUCUCUUGAUGGCACUGAAGCUCCGCUGGAUAACAAGGAAGAUGAACAGAAAUGCAGUCUCCAAAACUUACUAUCCGAGGAUUUUAUACCGUCACCAAAUAUUGUUAAGCUGGAAGAAGAUGUCUUGGACACGGACAAUGAAGAUGAGAAACCUCUUCUGCAAAUAAAGCAUGAAAUGGAAUUUGUGGAAGAGGUGCCAAAUGAAACGAAAUUUGCUAUCGAAACCGUGACCGAGGGUGAACCUGUUAUGGAUCCGGUGGCAGUACUGGAGGAUAAUGAAAUCUUAGAAUUUCCGGAGACAAUGGACGAUGAUGUUAAGGAUGAAGAUUAUGUUCCAGACAAUGAAUCCGAAGACGACAUGGAAAACUAUGAGGUGGAUGUUGAUGAGGAUGGUGGAUCUGAAUCGGACAAUGAGGAAAUACCAGCGGUUACCGAUAAGUUUAUUCCAACAUUUUUCCGUAAAAAUCGUUUUUUGAGCGAUUUUUUGGAUUUCUACAAAAGCCAACCUGUGCUCUGGGAUGUUAAUCAUCCAGACUUCGAAAACGCAACGGUGCGAAAAGAGGCAAUGAAGGCCAUCAUGUUUGCCAUGCAAAAGUUCAACAUAUUUAUGAAACCAUCUGCACUAAACCGUGCACUCAAUAGUGUUCACAAAUAUUGUGCUAUAAUUAAGUUCCAGUUGGAGUCUCAAGUUCAGAAAAAAAUACCUGAAGUUACAAUGGCUUAUUAUAAGAAAUGUGACUUUCUCCAAGAGUUAUUGAUUAAGAAAAACAUCACAGGAGAUCAAUUUAUUCCAAAGGGUAAACCAUUGAAAUUAAAGGAAUGGGAUGAAACUACGGCAAACUUCAUUGAUAUUUACGGAACAUUCCCAAUACUUUACAAUGGCGACCAUCCAUUAUAUGGCGAUGUUGAUGGUCGACAAAAGGCUUUAGAGGAAUUUUCGGAAAUUCUCAAAAACCGGCAUAACAUUGAUUUCAAUGUGGAUACGAUAACAUCCGCUAUGGAGCAAUUGCAAUCCUGGUACUAUAAGCUCAAACAACGCAGAGUUAAUCAAAAUUGUAAAUUGAGUAAAAUGGAUGAAAAAUAUUAUAAGAAAUGUAGCAGUUUUAUGCCCAUUGAGCGUCCGCGGUAUCGCUUUGUAUGUAACGUAUGCAAGAAAAAUUUCAACCUGCGGCACAAUCUCCAGACACAUCUUUACAAAAUUCAUCGGUUGGGGGAUUUACCAUUUGGAUGCGAUCAAUGUGAAAGGAGAUUUGAAUCGAAGUUUGCCCUGCAUUGCCAUGUCCAGCGAAUACAUGUUGGCAAGACAUAUGCAUGUAAAUUUUGCGAUAAAAAGUUUGCCAUUGCUUCAGAACUGAGAAUACACAGCACGAUCCAUUCGACCGAGAAACCACAUGUCUGUGAGUUAUGUGGCAAAUCUUUCCGACUGAAAACUCAACUGGGCUACCAUGUCACCGCUAUACACACAAAGAUACGAGCAUUUAAGUGUACCAUGUGUCCAAAGGACUUUCUUAAGAAGCGGGACUUGACCGACCACAUAAAAUCGCAUCUUAAUAUAAGGGACAAAAUAUGCGAGACCUGCGGCAAAGGGUUCUCCAACUGCCACUCGUUGAUACGGCAUCGACAGAUUCACUCAGAAGUGAAGAAAUUCGCGUGUAAAUUAUGUGAUGCGAAAUUUCAUCAAUUUGUUGGUCUGAAUGGUCACAUGAAACGAACCCACAAUAUUGUAAAGAAACCAGCUUAAGUAUUUUUUAAGUAAUAAUUUAUUAUUUUAUGUAUUUUCGGAUAGCAAAGUAAAGAAUAGUAAUAAAGUAUAAUAGAGAAAAAAAAAGAUAAAAAAUAUUUUCUUAAAAAUAAAGGAAUAUAUGUACUGAAAUCAUAUGUACUUUC